AUGUCCAAGCGGAAACGGGAGCCCGAGGAGACGGUUGCAGCUAAGGGUCUGUCUGCGCUGUCUGAUGUGUUGACAGCCUGCUUCGGCAAGGACGGGAACUUCACGGUCAUCGUGGAAGAGCCUUCGGGUGAAGCUCACCAGGAUACUGAAGGCCAGCCGGCGGCGAAGCGCACGGAGUUCAAGGUGUGGUCUUUCCUACUUGCCCAGUGGUCUCCGGUCUUUGGGAAGAUGGUCGGCUCGGACAACUAUGCCGAGUCACAGAGAGCAGAGGUCGUCAUCCAAGACUUCUCGGCUAGUGCUGUUGAGACCUUUCUGCGCUUCAUGUACUCAGGCAGCGUUGAGGGCUCCGUCACGGCAGUGAUGGAGGUGGCUGCAAUGGCAGACAAAUAUCAGGUGGAUGCAUUGCAGUCUUUGUGCCUGCCCCGUGUUCGGAAAGCACUGAAACCCGAGCUGGCGUGUGAGAUCUUCGCUGCCGCAGACCGUUUUCAGAUGGGCGACUUGCGAGCAGAGGCUCGGGAUCUCAUCUUCACCGAGCCUGCAAGGGCCCUGAAAAAGCGUCCGGCUAUCCGACCGGAGCUCUUGGCAGAGAUCCUGGGAUCGGGUUUACUGUGCAUACCAGCAGAUGAGCUCAAGAAGAUGCUCCGGAGCUGGGGGGAGAAGGGCUGCGACGCACUGGAGUCGAUCAUCAACACAAGAGCACGUAGUCAGUACACGGACGACGUGCUGUAUACACUCUGGAGCAACUACGAAGCGGCCGGGAAUAAGGGCGUUUUCCUGAGCUAUUGGGUGUCGAUGAUCCUGGGGCCUGGGCAGGGCGAUGCCUACACCAUGGACGAUCUCGAAGUCAUUGCCUCUAAUCAGGGCUCCGCGUGGGCACUAACCCUCGGAGAAGGGUGGGUACAGUGGCUGCUUCCCCAUUCUUGGGUUCAUCUUCAGGGCUUCGACUUCGGAACUGGCACCGUAUCCGCUACGACAUCUUUCCGGAUCUGGUCCUCCGAAGACGGAGCGACUUGGCACCUUGCCUAUGAGUCGCAGAGGAAGGAGAUAGCGCCUGGGAGCUUCCUGGCUUGCAAGAGACCUCCCAGCCUUGUCAAGUACUUCAAGCUGGAAGUCUUGGAGGGUAAGCUUGUCAACGUUUGCUUCAACAUCCAGGGCAUUUUGCAGACGCUCGUCUGA